AUCUCUUUGGUAACGAUGACCACCUCCGGCCCCGCCCCCACAGCAUGCACCACCCAAUCCGCCUGCCCCAUCAUUAGCACCAAUGGGAAGCGGCGCUGGGGCGAUGUGGGAGGUAGCCCGGUGACGUCGACGGGAAUGGUAGGUGAUGCUCCAGUGCCGAACCGAGUACAGGGGGUUAUGGAGAAGAGGGUCUACAGCCUUACUCAGCGCAGAGGCCUCGGGCAUACCGUCCGAAUUACCAGGAAGAGUAAACUUCAAAUGGCAACCAACCACUCCUACACAGCGUCAGAUGAUACAGCAGACGAAGCUGUUCGGUCCACGUGUGAGGAUGCAACUAUUUGUAAAAGAUUUGCAGUGAGUAUGAACUACUGGAAGGAUCCUUAUAUACAGUACUUCACAAAGCAACCAAAUGAAAGGAAAGCACCUGAAAUAAACAGAGGAUAUUAUGCCCGUGUAAAGGCAGUGAAUUUAUUGCUGGAUGCUUUUAUAAAGAAAACCAACUGUAAUUGUCAAGUUAUAAAUCUAGGCGCUGGUUUGGACACAACAUUUUGGAGGCUGAAGGAUCAAAAUAUGCUUCCAAAAAAAUACUUUGAAGUUGACUUUCCAAUGAUUGCCAUGAGAAAAUUGCACUUGAUAAAAACAAAGCCUCCAUUGUCAAAGCCUAUUAUAGAAACACAUUCAAGUAGUAGUCUGCUGAUAGAUGGCUCCAACAUGGAUUCUAAUCGCUAUGCCAUUAUUGGGCAAGAUCUCCGUGACCUCCCCGUGCUGCUGGAAAGAUUAAGGAGAUUUGGUCUGGAUACAAAGUUACCAACAUUGCUAAUGGCGGAAUGUGUCCUUGUGUACAUGACCCCUGAGCAAUCUGCAGAAUUGAUCAAGUGGGCUUCCAGUACUUUCAGUACCACCAUGUUUAUCAAUUACGAGCAGGUGAAUAUGAGCGAUCGCUUUGGCCAAGUGAUGAUCGAAAACUUACAUCGACGACAGUGUAACCUUGCUGGCGUAGAAAUCUGUCAAACUCUGGAGACGCAGAAGGAUCGCUUUCUUGUAAAUGGCUGGGACAAUGUGAAUGUCUUGGACAUGGUGAAUGUUUAUAACAGCUUGCCACAAGCAGAUGUUCAGAGGAUAGAGCAACUGGAAUUCUUGGAUGAGAAAGAGCUUUUGCAGCAGCUUCUGCAACAUUAUUGUAUCUGCUGGGCCACAAAAGAUAGUGAAGAUUUUGGUAUUGGUGACAUUAUGUUUGGGAGCAUUUGAUUUCCAUUGACAAGCUACUUCAAGCCUGAAAUGACAAGUCCUGCAAUCAGUGUGCAUGAAAAGGAAAUCUUCUCCAGCUGUAAUAGGACAGUGCCUUUGUGAUUAAGUGUUUGUUGAUAUGUAAAGCAACAGAAAAGGCUGAUAGUGCAUCAUUUUGAGAAAACCUCUAUGUAUGUCAGAAUAACAUGCUAUUGUUUUGCAUUAAAAAUAGUAAUUUGUUUUAAUUUGUUACAUUCAACAACAUUCUGAGUUACAAUUGAAAUAUUCAAAUUUGGUAGUACCAUUAAUGUUCUUUAAAAACAUCUACUCACAAAAAUACAACGUGCCACAACUGCUGUAGUUAUGAGCAUUUCUGCUCAGGAUUGAUCAUUUGAAUGAGGAAUUUUAUUAAGAAUGCAUUUGAACAGAAUGUAUGAAUUUGUGAACUGAUGCAUGAACUGAUGUGAUUGAUUAACACUGGUAAUAGCAUGGCUCAUCCAGUUGACAUUGGCACGGCCUGCCUGCAGAAUUGAGGCAACCUUGGGUUCACUGGUUGUCGGGCCCAUUAAUAAGAUUGAAGGUUAGUGAGAAUCUCUAAGAUUCACAAAUGUUCAAGCAUACAAAACUAUUAAAAAUUUUCUCUUUAAUUAUGUGAAACUAAUUAAACCACAAAAACAUUUGAAAAACAA